AUGGUGGAAAUUGCAGCAUUUAAAAGCCGAGUUCCUGGUUCAUGUAAAGAUGAUGAAUUUGAUUGUGGCCUAGGACGAUGCAUAUCAAUUGAAAAAUUUCAUGAUGGGAUUGUCGAUUGUUUUGAUCAAAGCGAUGAAUAAUGCGAUUCAUCAGCGACUGCUCCGUCAUUUUGCUCAGUGAUAAAAGAGAAACUGUGCUCGUUGAAGGAUACAAUACCCUGUAAGGGCUACGGUGAAUGUGUUCUAAAAAAGUGGGUUAUUCAAGGAAAGAUAAAUUGCCUUGAUCGAAGUGAUGGUGAUUUCGAAUAUGUUUCUGCCUUUAUCCCGCAACCUGGUUUUCAAAGAAGUAAAAUAAUAGCAAAAAUCAAGCAAGAAAGUGAUCUAUCGACAGUAACAACACAUUCAUCUAAUUUGCCGGCAGCUAUCCAGCUUAAUUCGUCAAUAGAAAAUUCCUUGUGGAUAAAACAAUCCAGAUCUCACGAAUUAGGCGAUUCUUCAACGAUUACUAUAGAUUUGCUAGCUCCGAAAACAUUUAAUUUAACCAAUAAUCAAAUUCAUAUUGCGAAUCCAUUUGAUAAUAAUGGUAAAAUCGCAUUGCCAGAAAUAAAUAAAUAUACAGAAAGACAAGGAGAAAUAUCUAAUGCUAGUUCUUCAAAUUUUUUCGCUAAUACACCAUUUUCUGUGCUAAUUCCUACAAAUUCAAAAAAUGUGAUAUUAGUCACACCGGUGACAGAAAGGAUACCUUAUUUCAUAGCGACAUCAAGUGCACAGAAAACUAUUACAAAAACGCCUCUCACCAUAUCAUCGACUGAUGAUUUAAAAACAAAAGCAACACGUUCGCAUCAUACAGUGGAGAAUUUAAAAACCCAAAGUUUGUUGGGAAAUUUUUUUACAGUUUCGGACACAUCUUUGCAAACAACCUUACAAUUUGAACUCCAUGAUAAAUUAUUAACGAUGUUAACUACUGAAGUAACAACCAAACUAACGCAACCUUCAACAACAAUAUCAUAUCAAAUUCAAUGUGCUAAAACGAAAAUAGAAACUGCAAGAAAUUUACAUCCAAAUCCAUUUUGUUCAUGUAGUCCAGGCAAAAUGCUUAUAAAUAAUGAUUGUCAAGAUAGAAUUAUCGGUUGGCAUGUAGCACUAGAAAGUAGUGCGAGCAUUCAAGAGUGGUGUAGAUCAGUCCAGAGCAUCGUAUCUCAGAUUUUGUAUAUUGAUUAGUUAUGUGUACAUAUGGCAAAAUGUCCGUAUAGCGUAAAAUGUCAGAAUUCAGAUACUUACGCCCUUUCCUCACAUAUUGUAUAUCGUUUAUCUGUCGGAAAUUCGUCUUUAUUAUUUCGGCAAUUAGCUGUAAUUGCCGAAGAGACGUUUAGUUAUAUUCUGACGUUGCAGAUAAUUCGGGAUACUCAAUUCAAAGGAAAAAUUCAAAGAAAUUUCAAAGGAAAGAUUUGCAAUGCCUUGGUCAUUGGUAAUUUCUGCGGUGUGUGUGCUUCUACACAGAUUCUCGAGAUAAAGAUAGAAAUUAAUUUAACCACGUUCGGUGUAAGCAUUGGUGAUGUAUGUGAAGGGAUUCCAUCAGAGGACGUCGAUCGUCCUUAUUUAGCCAUAUAUGAGUUAACUUCACAUAAUUUGCCGUAUAGUUUUUGUGUUCGUCAUAACAAUGGGGAAAAAUUGAUAGUUAACACGAACUGUGGAGCAUGCAAUUUAACCGAUUUCAUCGAUUCUCUCCAACAAAAGCUAAUAAAUUCGACAACCAUUUUCGAGAUUGAAAACUCAGCAUGCAGCGAUCCAACAUUGAACGAUUGCGAUGAAAAUGCUAACUGCUUGCCAGAUGGACUAUAUUAUAAAUGUUCAUGUAAAAUAGGUUCAAAUGACACUUCAAAUGGAAGAGGUCGAAGAUGUAUAUAUCCAUCAUCCUGUAUGAAAAUCUUUGGCUCAUGCAUAAAUUUCUGGAUUUUGCUCGUUCUUUUAUUACUAUUAAUAUUUUUAUUAUUACUGCUUUGUUUAUUUUGCUUAUGCAAACGCUUUAAACGUCGAAUUGGAAAGUUUUGUGAAGAUAAGAUGAAUUUAGUUUCAUCUGAUGUUGAAUCGAACAAAGGUAUCAUAAAAGAUGAUCCGAAAGUAAUGAAAGAAACUAUACAAUGUCAUAGUAUGGAUGUUUGGAGUUGCACUACAGAUAAAACCGUUAACAACAUGUUUUUCCCACAACAGAUCGAUGGCUCAAUAAAAACUGCAAUUUUCGCCGAUAAAAAAAUGGAAGGCAUAGGGAAAGAAGAAAUAAUCGCUAAUGAAAUGAUUACAGCCCGUCAACCCAGUCUAAAAAGUAUAUUUCUGAAAGAAAACAAUCAAAGAAAUUCUCCUGAUGAGGAAAUAUCGAAACCAAAAUCUCUUAUGAUACAAUUAAGUGAGGAAAAAGUGCAAUCUGAAUGUAGUCCAAUGAAAUCACCAUCAUCACAUUCCAUGAUUACAACAGUUUUGCCUGAAGAAAUCCACGAGAAAAUACUAGAAGUAGUGGAAAAUAAUGCGAAACCUUCGGAAAUACUAGAUGUGAAUGAAACUAAUUCCCAAAAAUCUAGUCCUACAAUAUGGGAAUUGUACGUUAUAAAAGGAAAUGAAUCCAUAUAUGGUAUCUUUUAA